UGAGAGUCUCUCUGGCUUGUGUUUUCUGUUUCCUGUAAUUGAGAUUCCAGUACGUUGCCAGGGGCAGCUUUGGACAAAUAAACAGAAGAUUCGAGUUGUUCGUAAUUUUUUGAAAACAUCAGAAUGUCUGACAUUGCAAAAGACAAAGCUGCUCGCUUACUAAGGAAGACUGGUAGCUUUUCUUCACUCAGCAGCUAUGAUGUCAAAGUAAAGGAAAGCAGGCGAAAACAAAAGGACUCCAUGAGCACUGUGUCUUAUAUGGAUGAUCCAGGUCACCAUGAUGAUAUUCCACGGCCCACACAACAAAUGGAAAAUACGUAUCAGUUACAUCCUACCAAAUAUUUCCCAGGGGCUAUUGUGAACAGUAUUCUCAAAGAUGUCCUGCCCAGCUACCUGCAGGAAGAGAAAUAUGAGCCGGAACUCUGCAGGCAAAUGACAAAGACCAUUUCAGAAGUGAUAAAAGCCCGUGUAAAGGAUCUCAUGAUUCCACGAUACAAGAUAAUUGUUUUAAUCCAUAUUGGACAGCUGAAUGAACAGAGUGUUCGCGUCGGCAGCCGCUGUCUUUGGAAUUCCGAUACGGACACGUUUUCGUCUUUCUCUUUCUGCAACCAGUCUCUCUUUGCUGUUGCCAAUGUUUUUGCAGUGUACUUUGAGUGAAAUGUACCUGUAUGAUAUAAUGAAAAGUUGCAAUAGCCCUAAAUAUUAAGUGUCUACUCCAAGAUCCUUUCAGAAGGAAAAAAAUAUGCUAUUUGAUAUCAAUGACAUUCACCCAAGGCUGGAGACCACUUCAGUCUGUCUGUCCUCAUUUGUAGGUGCCAGUGAACUUCCGACAAUCUUGCCCCGACUGUGGGAUAUUAAGCAACUGGGAUUUAGACUUGUUUUCUUUUCUUGCUAGCAAAGGAAGGGAAGAAAAUGAUAUUUGAGUGUGGAGCUUUCCCAGCUUGCAUAUAAGCAACUGAACAAGCCUAAUUGAUAAAGAAACAUAAUGAAAGCUUUAUACUUUUUAAUAGUGCCUUCACAGCAACUAAGCAGACCAAUGUGCUUUCCAGCCAUUUAAGUCCUUUUUAAAGUAUUGUGGGAAGUUCUGCAACUAAUUUGCACAUAGACAGGAAUGUAAUUAACAGUCAAGAUUAUUUAUUUUGUGAUACUAUGGAAUAAAUAUCGGCCAGGAUAUUAGGGAUAAUUCAGAAACUAGGAGCAGGAGUAGAUGGUUUGGCCCUUUUGAGCCUGUUCUGCCAUUCAUUAUGAUCAUUGCUGAUCAUCGGCUCAGUAACCUGUUCCUGCUUUUUCACUGUACCCUCUGAUGCCUUUACCCCUCAGUGCUGAAUUCAACACCUCGAAGUCCCCUGCUGUUUUUUUUCUAAACGUGCUGUUGGUUAUUUUGUCUACCUAAGAUGACAGACCAGAACUUUGAUUUAACAUCUCAUCCAAAAUAGUGUUUCUAAUGGCACGGUAUUCUGUCACCGCUAAACUAGUGUGUGUCAGCUUCAUUCUUAUGUGCUCAUCUGAGAAUUUGAGGCCCUCUCUCUAUGUACUUGAACAACUAUUGAUCCCAUUUGUGAUUUUUGUCCCCUUCCUCUCAUCUAGAAUUAACUGGCAGUAUAAUUAAAACAGAUAGUUCAUUGUGUAAAGAACCACAGGCACAUAUUUGAUUACUGUUGUUUUUGUAUGCUGUUUAUUCUGAGAGCAUUCUUUUCCAAGAAAGGCAUCAGUUGGAAUUGUGGGUCUCCAUUAUCUUGACCUGUUGCUGAGCUAAUACUACACAACCAUUUUGUAUGCUGAAGAACCUUUAUAGUCUCAUUGUUAAAUAUAACGUGAUUUUUGACCUAAAAUUCAUAUUCAGAACAUUACAAUUCAAAAAGGUAAUAAAUUAUUGAAUUGCUUCAUUGCAAAUGUUGAAUUCCAAAUCAAAAACAUUUCACCAGUGUGUUUUAAAUGAGCAUCAGAUAUGUUUCUAAGCUGUAAUAACAUAUAACUCACUUAAUUAAGUCAUCGAAUCUAUCUGUAGAAACUGAUUAUCAAACUUGCAGCUUCAAUUAUUUUCACCAAUGCUGUUCACUUGAGACGUGGUGAGAGCUGAUUAGGGUGUUGGAAAUCUUUUAUCUAUUUUUUUCCUGGUCUGAUUAAUGAUUUCUUUCUUCAGACUGGUAUGUUAGUUUCUUAUAAAAUUUGUUUUAUUCA